CCUUGCCCCAGCUACCUUGUCAGCCAUGAGUAGAAGCCUUGGUUUGUAGGCUCUGUUCAUUAUGCUACCCGCUUUUUAAGCUCAGUGUCCAAAUCUUGACUCGUCUUCGGCUUUGUGUUUGUACGCUCGACAUCUCCCACACAAUAUUUAAUCAACAACCUGUUUAUUUCAUGGCUUCACCAUGAAUAUUUUCAUUCCUCGAUAUCGACAUCGCCCCAAGCUGCUCCAUCGCCGAAAAUCAUGUUGAAACCAAUCAAGAAUGUUGUUGUCCUUGGCGGCUCUUACGUCGGACUUGGCGCCGUCAAAGAGCUAGCAGCAUCAUUGCCAGCAUCUCAUCGCAUCUUGCUCGUUGAGCCGCACAGCCAUUUCCACCACCUUUUUGCUUUUCCUCGCUUUUCUGUUCUGCCAAACCAUGAACACAAGGCUUUUAUUCCAUACACCGCGAUUUUCGCAAGGUCGUCCGACCCGUCGCGGCACCAAGUUAUCCAUGCUCGUGCCCAUUCCCUCCAUCAUAACAGCGUUGUUCUUGAUCGGGACUGGCAGGGGUCGACCGAAAUUCCAUUUGAUUACCUUGUCGUCGCCACAGGCACUCAGCUGCCGGCGCCCGGCACCAUGCAACAUGACGACAAGUUAUCUUCGAUCAAGUAUCUUCAAUCGUAUCAGGGAUCGGUCAUCAAAGCUUCAUCUAUUGUCUUAGUCGGAGGCGGUGCCGUAGGUGUUCAAAUGGCGACCGAUUUGAAGGAGCUCUACCCUGACAAGGAGAUCACCCUUGUGCAUUCUCGCGAUUGUCUGAUGCCUUUGUAUCACAGCAAAUUUCACGAGAUCCUCAAAUCUCGAUUUGACGAAUUGGGUGUCAAACUCAUCACUGGAACGCGCGCCGUGUUUCCUCCUGUCAAUCUCGAUCAAGACGAUACAAAGGUUGUCUUGAAGCUCACAAAUGGUCAGGAACUUGUAGCCGAUCUUGUCAUUCCUGCAACAGGGCAAAAGCCAAACAACGAGUUCAUCCAGACUCUCCAGUCAAGCAACGGCGAUCCUAUAUUGAACCCAUCCAAUGGGGGUAUCAAGGUCCUGCCUACGCUUCAGUUCAAGGAUCCGGCGUACCCGAAGUUGUUUGCCGCUGGUGACAUUGCCGAUACGGGAGCACACAAAGCUGCUAAGCCUGGCGUGGUACAGGCGCAGGUGGCUGCUCGGAAUAUUGUCGCCAUGAUCGAGGGUCGGAGUCCUGUGGAAAGAUUUUCAGUCAGACCACCGGGAAUCCAUAUGUCUAUAGGACUGGUAAGAAAUAACAUGAAAUUCUUAAAUCCUAACGUUGAAGCUGGGGAGACGGAGCCUACCGUCAUUAUGCGAGACGACGGUAAAGAGGAUUUGGGUAUCGAACGUGUCUGGAAACAACGGGGCAUCAAUGUUACUGAUCCGAGGGACUAUCAUUUGUAA